ACCUAGAGAGCCGGAAUCAAUAAAGUGAACGGAAACCAACAUCAAUUCUUCCCCGGUGCCGAACGCCGAACGGCAGCGCAGCCGAAAGCCCGGACCAGCUCGCGCCGCCCCCUGCCUCCCUCGCCUCGCCCAGGCGCGCGCGCUCCCUUCUACCGCGCCGUCGCCUCCACGCGGCUGGGCCCCGCGCACGCCGCCCCAAUCAGACGCGCCGCCGCCCUCCCUGGGGGAGGCGGAGGCGGCGGGGACCCGCUCCCAUGGCGAGCGCCGCCAGCAGCGGCGGGGGGGACGACGACUCGGCCGGCAAGCUCUUGGUGAACCGCUACCUGAAGGGCGAGAUUGUCGGCGAGGGCACGUACGGAAUCGUCAACAAGGCCAUCGACACCAAGACUGGAAAUAUAGUCGCGAUAAAGAGAAUCCGGAUAGGGGAAAAGAAGGAAGGUGUCAACUUCACAGCAUUGAGGGAAAUUAAACUACUGAAGGAGCUGAAAGAUCCUAAUAUUAUAGAGCUGAUUGAUUGUUUCCCUUACAAAGAUAGCUUGCACCUUGUAUUUGAGUUUAUGGAGACUGAUCUGGAAGCUGUCAUAAAAGAUAAACACAUUGUAUUAUCUCCAGCUGACACAAAAUCAUAUGCCCAGAUGAUGUUGAAAGGUCUAGCUUUCUGCCACAAGAAAUGGGUGCUGCACAGGGACAUGAAACCAAAUAAUUUACUCAUUGGUGCUGAUGGGCAGCUCAAGCUUGCUGACUUUGGUCUGGCACGUAUGUUUGGAAGUCCAGGAAGGAACUUCACUCACCAGGUCUUUGCACGGUGGUACCGAGCACCAGAAUUAUUAUUUGGCUCGAAGCAUUACGGAUCUGCGGUGGAUAUUUGGGCUGCUGGAUGUAUUUUUGCUGAACUGCUCACUCGCCGAGCCUUUCUCCAGGGUUCUAGCGACAUUGAUCAACUUGGGAAGAUUUUUGCAGCAUUGGGGACCCCAAAGCCUUCUCAAUGGCCUGACAUGGCUUAUCUUCCGGAUUAUGUUGAAUACCAAUAUGUUGCUGCUCCUCCACUACGUACAUUAUUACCGAUGGCCAGUGAUGAUGCUUUGGAUCUUCUGUCAAAAAUGUUAACAUACGACCCAAAGGCAAGAAUCACAGCCCAGCAGGCUCUAGAACACAGGUACUUUUCAUCGUUACCAGCUCCAACAAGACCAUCACAGCUUCCAAGACCACGCCGGAAAGGAGAUUCAGGGAAUAACAAGAUACCUGACCUGAACCUGCAGGAUGGCCCUGUGGUGCUCUCCCCGCCAAGAAAGUUACGGAGGGUGACAGCACAUGAAGGUCUGGAAGUUAAUAUGCACAGGGCAGAUAAAGUGGAUGAGCAUCCUUCUGGGAUGAGGCACACUGAUGAGAUGUCCAGUCAUAGUUCUAGAAUCCCAAUGUCAGUUGAUGUUGGAGCUGUGUUUGGCACACGACCUGCUCCUAGGCCAACAUUGAACAGUGCUGAAAAGUCUCAUUUAAAACGUAAACUUGAUAUGGAUCCAGAAUUUGGAUAUGCAGAGUAAAAGAAACAAGUUUGGAGGCACCAUUCUUUUCUUACUGGCAUGUUGAUUUUUAAAAUAUUCUUUGGGAGACGGUUCCACUAUUUAUCUGAAAAAAAGGAGGAUUGUGUUGAAGUCAUAAAACUACACCGAAGGAUGCUGACACAAUCAACUGAGCUGUCACCAUCACUGGUGGAGAGGAAACUGAAGAGAUGAUUCUAAUUUACCGAGUCGUGCACAGGGCAUUAUAGCUAACCAAUUCCGUAAGGAAGGCUCCUAAAACUGUAUGCUUUUUAUGGGAUGCAUGAGUGGAGAGUGUGAUUUAUGGGAUACAUGAGCUUGCUCCAGUUAGAACGUGUGGCAUCUGUACGUGUUUGCACAGAUUGUGCUGAAGCAUCUGGUCCUCAGUUCUCUUUUGGUAUCAAUUUCCCUUCAACUCUUGUAUGGACACUGAGCUUUGAGCAUUUUUCAGUCGGACACCUUAGUACAGUGAUUUUUUGUUGUAACUAGGAGCAACUUACAUUAUCUGACAUUUCGCGUGAUGAUAAAAAAAAAUGCAUGACGAAAAAGUAAAAAUUUGGUUUU